AUGGUCCCGAAGGCAGCCACCCUUACGAAAGCUCAGGCCAACUUCCUGCCGCUGGUGAACGUGCACUUCCACCUGCGGGUGCCUGGCCGGCAACCCGCGGCCUGCCUGUGCCCCACGGACACGCUCACUGACGUGCAGGUCGGCAAGUCCUACGAGGUCCACUACGUGUACUCUACAGCCGGCACCGACAACGAUCCUUCGGACAGCAUGAAUGCGGACCUCGUUGCUGAUGGUUUGGGAGGCACGUGA